GACACACGGUACGACGCGGCGACGGAUCCGGCGUGCGGCAAUCCGAUUUUCGGAUGCUUCGGCUUGCCGCUCACGUCAAUUCGAGACACACGGUGCGGAAAGUCAUCGCGGCGCCGGUUAGUUGUAGCUCCGCCCAAAACAGUGUUGCCCGACCGACCAUACAACAGCAACAAAAAAAAAAGUCGCCAAAAGUUCUUUUUCUCCAUAAUUAAAUAUAUUAAAAUGAUGCGGAGAAAUAAAAUAAGUUAACAUCGGCAUGGAUUUAUGCAAAUAAACAAUGUAGUAUAUGUAGUGAUACAUUAUUGGUUGUACGCGGAAGAAACUAGUACUGAGAUGUUGGUAACAAUGGCAGUACGAAGGCAGGGACUGCAAGUAAGUGUUAGUUUGUGUUCCGUGCUGCUGCUUCUUGCUUCGUGCUUUCCGCAAGUCAGGCGUGAGCGAAACUGAAAUGGUCCUUACUCAGCGCCGCAAAAGACUGCUGUUACUGAAAAAGAAAGUUCUUCUUAUUCAAAAAAGCCUGGAAGAAGAACGCCGGCGCAGAUGGUGGGUCCGACCCUCGUGGAGAACGCGACACGCCGAGAGCGAGUUUUUCACCACGAUGGAAAAAAUGCGGGAUGGCGACAUCGACUACUUCAAAAAAUACUACCGCAUGGUUCCCCAGCAGUUUGAUUUCCUGCUAAGUCUUGUUGGAAGGGACCUGCAAAGGCUUUAUUGCAUUAGGGAGCCCAUUUCAUCAGCGGAACGACUGGCCAUGACGCUCAGGUAUUUGUCUUCUGGAGACCUGAUUCAAGACAUUGCACUCUCCUUCCGAGUGGGCAUAUCCACUGCACGCCUGGCUGUCAGAGUCACAUGCAAGGCGCUGUGGCACAGGCUUCAGCCAAUAUACAUGCCCAAGCCAGACGCUGCUGCGUGGCUGCACACUGCUGAGGGGUUCUCUCGCACAUGGCAGUUCCCAAACUGCAUUGGUGCAGUUGAUGGAAAACACAUCCACAUCAAGCGGCCCAAGAACUCUGGCACCAUGUAUUUCAAUUAUAAGGGCACAUACUCCAUCGUCCUCCUUGCCAUAGUCGAUAGUGACUACAAGUUUUUGGUCGUGGAUAUUGGCGCCUAUGGCAAGCAGAGCGAUGGAGGAGUCCUCCACCAGUCGCAGUUUGGGCAGCGCUUGGAGCAAGGCCAGUUGCAGCUGCCGAGAAGCUUGGCCUUGCCAAACACCAUGCAGCAAGCUCCGUGUGUGUUUGUCGGGGACGAGGCUUUCCAGCUCCGGCCAGACUUCCUGAGGCCAUACCCUGGACGAGAGCUCGAAGACAGGAAACGGAUCUUCAACUACCGCCUGAGCAGAGCAAGGAGGUGCGCAGAGAACGCCUUCGGUAUCCUCGUGACACGCUGGAGGAUUCUUGAAAGGGCAAUGGGGGAAGAUCCCAAGAAUGCUGAAGAGGUCGUCAAAGCCCUUUGUGUGCUGCACAAUUUCCUGAUGCACAGACGCACAGAGGGUGAUGAUGCGUACUGUGGUCCUGCAUAUGCCGAUUCUGUCAAUGGAUUCGGGCACCAACGGUCUGGCCAGUGGCGUGAGCAGCUCGCACAGCCACCGUUGCCAGUGGCUCGCACCCAGGCACGUAAUUUUGCCCAAGCAGCUCGGCAUGUGAGAGAAACAUAUGCCAACUACUUCAGCAGUACUGCAGGAAGUGUGUCCUGGCAGGAUGCAGUACUGAGGUAGCACGUGGCUUUAUUUGCAUGUAUUGAGAAGGCAUACUGUAGGAGGCUUUAAUGUUUUCAUGUGUGUUAUGCAUUUUCAUGCCUGGCAAGAUCAAAAGUCAGGAGACUUUUCAUUU